AUGGCAACGAGCACUUCGAACUAUGCUGCUUACUCUACAGAUACCGAUUUCAUAGGCUGGUACAUCGCAGCAACUCCCCAACCGAUUCUCUGCGUAGAUGGCGGCACAUGGACUACAAGCGGAUCUCUCGGUGACUGUAGUUCAACAUCUGGCGAUACCAUCGCUACAUCCUGCUAUCAUGGGUCGAGCGUAGUAAGAGGGUCGACUACUGAAGCAUGCGGCUCGGGCUCAACAUGCGACUUCUUUAGAAUCUUUUCAACUACUGGCCAAGAUGGUCUUGAGGCCAAAACACGAUACGCUUGCAUGGACAAUUGGGCUGCCAACAGUGUCUACCGUACUCUUCCCUCGCAGUGGCUAGUAACCUCAACUUCAGCUUCCGCGACAAGUACUUCAUCCUUCACCACCUCUUCAUCCUCUAUCUCAACGACAUCCACAUCCACAUCCACAUCCACUAGCAGCCCCGACUCCUCCAGCUCCUCCAGCUCGGGAAUAAGCAACGGCGCGAUUGCGGGAAUAGUCGUCGGCUGCGUGGCAGGCGGUGCAAUUCUCGCGCUGUUAAUCGUAUUCCACAAGAGACUCUUGGCAUGCUUCGGAUACCAGAAACAAACGGAUAGUGGCCCGGCAUGGUCUCCUGUUUAUGUGCCCCCACAGACGCAGUCGGCUUCUCAGUCCCAGCCUAUGUCGGAGUUGUCUGGGCAGCGGAAUAUUCAUGAGCUUGGUGCGAAUGGCUCGAGUCAGGCUUAG